GCGGCCGCCGCCAUGAGCGGAGCUGCUGGCCGCGAGCGGGGCAGCGCGCAGCCGGCGCCCCGCUGCAGGCGGCCCUGGAGGCUCCUGGCUCUCGGGCUCCUCUCGGCCUCCUCCGUGCUGGCGGCCGCCCCGGGCGCCGGAGCCAUGAGCAAGGAGGAGAAGCGGCGGCUGGGAAACCAAGUGCUGGAAAUGUUUGAUCAUGCAUAUACCAAUUAUAUGGAACAUGCCUAUCCAGCUGACGAACUCAUGCCUUUAACUUGUCGUGGACGAGUGCGGGGUCAGGAACCGAGUCGAGGGGACGUAGACGAUGCCUUGGGAAAGUUUUCACUGACCUUGAUUGAUACCUUGGACACUCUUGUGGUGUUAAAUAAAACCAGAGAGUUUGAAGAGGCUGUAAAAAAAGUAAUAAAAGAUGUUAAUUUAGAUAAUGACAUAGUUGUAUCAGUCUUCGAAACCAACAUAAGAGUCCUCGGAGGUCUCCUAGGUGGGCAUUCAGUGGCAAUUAUGCUGAAAGAAAAAGGUGAAUAUAUGCAGUGGUACAGUGGUGAACUUCUGCACAUGGCAAAGGAGUUAGGCUACAAGCUUUUACCUGCUUUUAACACCACUAGUGGUCUCCCUUAUCCAAGAGUAAACUUGAAAUUUGGUGUAAGACAUCCAGAGGCACGAACAGGAACAGAAACAGAUACCUGCACUGCUUGUGCAGGUACUUUGAUCCUUGAGUUUGCAGCUUUAAGCCGAUUCACAGGAACAUCUGUAUUUGAGGAAUAUGCACGGAAAGCACUUGAUUUUAUUUGGGAAAAGAGACAACGCAGUAGCAAUUUAGUUGGCGUUACUAUUAAUAUUCACACUGGAGAUUGGGUCCGCAAAGAUAGCGGCGUUGGAGCAGGGAUAGAUUCAUAUUAUGAAUAUUUAUUAAAAGCCUAUGUCUUGCUGGGAGAUGACAGUUUCCUGGAAAGAUUUAACACACACUACGAUGCCAUAAUGAGAUACAUUAGCCAGCCGCCUCUUCUUCUUGACGUUCAUAUUCACAAACCGAUGCUAAACGCUCGGACCUGGAUGGAUUCUUUGCUAGCUUUCUUCCCAGGCUUGCAGGUGUUGAAGGGUGAUAUUCGACCUGCUAUAGAAACUCAUGAGAUGCUAUACCAGGUUAUAAAAAAGCAUAACUUUCUUCCUGAGGCUUUCACGACAGAUUUUAGAGUUCACUGGGCUCAGCAUCCUUUAAGGCCUGAAUUUGCAGAGAGCACUUAUUUCUUGUAUAAAGCUACAGGGGACCCUUACUAUCUAGAAGUUGGAAAAACCCUCAUUGAAAAUUUGAACAAGUAUGCAAGAGUACCUUGUGGGUUUGCUGCAAUGAAGGAUGUUCGUACUGGAAGUCAUGAAGACAGAAUGGAUUCUUUCUUUCUGGCUGAGAUGUUCAAGUAUCUUUAUCUACUCUUUGCUGAUAAGGAGGACAUGAUUUUUGAUAUAGAAGAUUAUAUCUUCACUACAGAAGCUCAUCUAUUACCACUUUGGCUUUCCACUACAAACCAAACAAUAUCUAAAAAAAAUACAACUACAGAAUACACAGAGCUGGAUGACAGUAACUUUGACUGGACCUGUCCGAACACCCAGAUUCUUUUCCCAAAUGACCCUAUGUUUGCUCAGAGUAUUCGUGAGCCUUUGAAAAAUGUGGUGGAUAAAAGUUGUCCUCGGGGUAUUUCCAGAGUAGAAGAGAGUUUGGGAAGUGGACCAAAACCACCACUGAGAGCCAGAGAUUUCAUGGCCAGUAACCCUGAGCAUUUGGAGAUAUUGAAGAAGAUGGGAGUCAGUUUGAUUCAUCUCAAAGAUGGAAGAGUGCAAUUGGUGCAGCAUGCAGUGCAAGCAGCAAGUUCACUUGAUGCUGAAGAUGGCUUACGGUUCAUGCAGGAAAUGAUUGAACUAUCCAGUCAGCAACAGAAAGAGCAACAGCUACCUCCUCGCGCUGUUCAAAUAGUUUCCCAUCCAUUCUUCGGCAGGGUGGUCUUGACUGCUGGGCCAGCACAAUUUGGAAUGGACUUGUCCAAACACAAAGCUGGGACAAGAGGAUUUGUUGCAACCAUUAAGCCAUAUAAUGGAUGCUCAGAGGUCACUAAUCCUGAGGCAGUGAAAGAGAAAAUUGCUCUAAUGCAAAGAGGCCAGUGUAUGUUUGCUGAAAAGGCACGAAACAUUCAAAAAGCUGGAGCGAUAGGAGGCAUUGUUAUUGAUGACAAUGAGGGAAGCAGUAGUGACACUGCUCCUCUCUUCCAAAUGGCCGGUGAUGGAAAGAAUACAGAUGAUAUCACAAUUCCCAUGCUCUUCCUGUUCAAUAAGGAAGGAAAUAUUAUUCUGGAUGCAAUCCGGGAAUAUGAGGCUGUAGAGGUGCUCCUUUCUGAUAAAGCAAAAGAUAGAGACUUGGAAGUGGACAGUAUGGACCAGAAAGUGUCUGAAAAUGAUUCACAGAAGCAGAGCUCAGAAGAGACUACUUCAGCAUCUCAUGAUGUUGGCUUGGCAAGUGAGGAGCCUGAAGGAGAAGAAGACUCUGAGGUUACUCAGCCUGAUCCUUUAUCUCCUGCUUACGCAGGCAGUGACAGUGUUUCCAUUUCAAAUCAGGAUUCUUACAUCCCUGAAAGUGAGGCUAGUACUCAAGAACCGGAAUGUGCACAAGUGGAUAACCAGCCUCAGGAACAAAAGACUGAGACAGAGUCAGAGUCCAAAGCUAACUGGGAUAAUAAAGUCCAGCCUAUGGAAUCCAUAUUAGCAGACUGGAAUGAAGAUAUAGAAGCAUUUGAAAUGAUGGAAAAGGAUGAACUAUGACUUGUAAUAAUAACUUAUUUGUUAGUAAACAAAUGGAGAACUCUGGGUAGAAGAGAGGCCCUGAUAUCAGAGAACUAGGAAGCAUACUCAGUAUUGUGAUGAGCAACCAGGUUUCACCUGGAAAAUACCAUAGAAAUCCAGCACGUGCUCUUUGUAUUGUUUUAAUUUUUCCUGUUUAAAAAUGGGAAUGUGCAAUUGAAGCAUUUGUAUGACUCCAUUGCAUGGUGCUGUAACCCAGGAGACUCGUUUGGCAAACGAGCCCAACUUCUGCGUUCCAGGCUCCGAGAGGCCAAAUUCCUGUGGCCUCUGGAAGGCAAAAGUUGAAUGCAGUGGGGUUAACAUACUACUAAACGAUUAUCGAUGAGAGCACUCGAAGGCAGUACGUCAGUCGCUGUUUUUGUUGUAGUCAAGGUGCCGCUUCACUGAUCUGUGCUGAAUCGAAAGCCUUCCUGGAUAGCAACGGGUGAAAUCAUAUGUUUCCAGUUGUAGUGUCUUUGAGACACAGCUAGAAGCAACUUGAUUUUGUUCUGACAUAUCACAGUGAGACACAGUAAUUCUGCUCAUCGCUCCUGUCUGUUACCCUGAGGAAUGACUAAGGUGACGUGGAGUUUUUCCCUUCUCUAAUUUCUAAUCGAGACACUGUAUAAACCAAAGGCGGCGUGUACUUUGUUAGUAAGCUCCAUCAGGGAAACCGAAAGCCGUGCUAAUUUGGGGUCUAUGAGGGAAAGGCUCCCAGUGUGUUAUAAAAACUGUGCUGGAGGUUAAGGUAGAGGGGACAAGACGGACAUUCAGUACAGGUAUUUCCUUUGGCCUUCCAGGUUGAAAAGCUCGGUCUACCCUAAGAUACAGAAUUCAGAACCGGUAACAUUCUCUGAAAAGAGACUAAACACAAUUAGAUCAGAAUUAACAAAAUCUUUUUUCUACAAGUUCUGCCUCUAACAGUCAGCUUGACUUUGUUGUCGUUUUUAAAUGCAACUUCUAUACGUGUGAUACUUAAGGCAGCGAGGCCAGUACCAGUAGUGAAGUGCAACAAUUUUGGCUGUUGAUUCCGUAGUUCAAAGUCUAGUGGUGUGAAUCGAAAGAAUGCUUCGGGAGUUUGUUACAGGUAAGUGUGAGUCCUCAUGUGUUACCCCUUUUCUGAAAAACAUUAUUUAAAUUUAAACGGGGAUGUUUAAACAACUGAGAAAUGUUUUGACUGUGUCCAAAGAAACUGCCAAAAAUUAAUGAACUUGAUUUAUAUAAACUGCUUUUAGUGAGUUAUGAUUCAAAGGAUUGUUUUAUAUUAAAGAAUAAAUUAACACUGCCUAUAUGCUGCACCAGGCUAAAACUCAAGGUUAAUAUAAAUCUUUACAACGGGGGGAAAAGAAUGCCCCGAUUAGAAGCGCACCUUUAAUUUAACUGGUGAAAUAAUGCGUGCUGAAUAUGCAACCGAUAAUUCGUACAGCCAUACUGUAUCUAUUUAUGUAUAUUGGUGUACGGUAUGAAUGGAGAAAACCCAGGCACACGUUGUAUACAGGUAUACUUGCUGACACUUGCUUUCAAGGGUAUCAAAACGCACAGGCACCUUUUGCGAGCAUGACAGUCAAUCAGAGUAUUACACAUCAGUGGAACGACAACUUCAAAUCAUUAGAGUAGGAGGUGAUUUUGAGGAGGAAAUGAAGCAGUGGUGGAAUAGUGAAUAAGUGUCCUUUUAAAAUGAAUUAGCUUUUAAAUGUAGUUGUGAUUCCUUUGCACAAAUAACUCGAUGGAGGUUUGAGCUGAAUGAGUGGCAUUUAAAGCAGCUGAGCUUUUUCCGUUGAGAAGGUUACAUAUAUAUAUACGUACACACAUGUGUGUAUAUAUAUAUAUAUGUAUAUGUUUUGUUUUAUGUGGGGUUUUUCACGUAAGGAAUUUGAUCAUUGGAGCCUCCUAAGUGUCCUUGGUUGCUUGGAGCCCUGAUCCGCGGUCCCGGGCCGCGCUCGAAGCCCCGCCAGGCGCCGUCCCCGGCCGGCUGAAACCCCGGGGCUGGCGCAGCUCGGCGGCGGCGGCCCCUCGGGCAGCUCCCGCCGGCGCCCGGCGCCGCCUCGGGCUCUUCCGCGCGGGCUGCGUCCUCCUGUCAGCUCUUCCCGGGGGAAAAUGGGAUUGCUUUAGGUGCAGAGACCCUCUGGUCAAUAGGUGAAGACUGUCAACAUAAUUAGCUUUUUUUUUUUUUUUUUUAACUUCAGAAAAUUUAUGUUUAGAGCUGAAACUCUUUAAAAAGCUUAGCUUUCCCUGCCACCACAAACUCAUUUUUCUAUCUUAACUACUUUGCGUCUACACCUGUUGGUAAAGCAGGAGAUGUGUGCUCUCCUCUUCAGGGAUUUUUUUUGUUUUUUUUACCAAUCCCAGAGCGCGGGGUGAAUUUUGAAGCAUCUGCUUGACGGUGGCCCUACCUCAGAUAAACGUCGCCCCCUUUGUUUUGGGGGUGGAUUUUGUUGUUUAAGGCUUUGGUGUUGUGUUGUUGUGGUUUUUUUUUUUUUUUUUUUUUUUUUUUGUUUUUACUUUACCUUUUGAGAUGAUCAUGAGAGCCAUAGCCAUGUUUCACAAGUGGGGUUUACACUUUGUUUACAGAACUGAAUCAGGUAAAAGUUGAGCUUUUGGGAAAGAAGAAUAAAUUAGGGGAACGGUUUUAUUCAGAUUUCCCCCCUCCCCGCCCCCCACUUCGUAAUUCCUCACAGGGAAUUGGAGGUUUUAGUUAACCUUUUCAUACCACUCUGAAAAGGAAACGUCUGCCAUCUUAAAAAGCGGAAAGAAUGUAUUAAUCACAAGGCUUUGAGAGGGGCGUAAGCGAUGCUUGUAAACAUUUAAGGCCGCUCCGUGGGCAGUAUCGCUGUUGCAUCCCUCGCUAAUCGCCUCCCUAUUCGUACGUACUGGAUGAACACCGAAUUUGGGAGUCGCAGAGGGAACUAGCGCUUACUCCGUGCCACGCAACUCGGCCGAGCCAGUCGCUUUCUCGUUGGAUGUUAGAGGAAUAUUAAUUGUUUACAUUUAUUGUUUCUUAAUGAAGUUUGAAAACGAGCCCGGCUUUGUUUCUCUCCUCCUCCUGCCGAUGCACCUGAAGGCGUAGUGUUAGUCACGGGUACGCGUGCGCUGGGAAGUUACAACGGGACAUCUUCUGCACACGGCCUCAGUCAGAACAUAGAAAAAAAAUAACAUUCUGUGAAUGAAAUAUUGUAUGUUCGGAUUUUAUAAGAUUUUUUUUUUUUUUUUAGCCAGCCCAAUUUACAGCCGUAUAUUUUCUUAUGAAAGUUAUCUAAUAACAGGUGCUGUAACACUAUCGUUGGGUUUUACUGUCUGGUGAUAAGUGUAUACAAUAUUUCUAAGGGCAACUAUGUACUGUGAUGUAAAAGUCUGGGCUAAAAUGUAUAUAAUCUGUGUACAUAAUUGUGUACUUGAUUAUAAUUGAUUGUAAAGAUUUAAUAAAAUGUAAAUAUUCUGGU